UUCAGGACCAGAGAAGAAUGGAGGAGGACAACCAGAACCCGGAGCAGCGGAGCAACGAGGUCCCCAGAAGACCAGCAGCACACUGGGACUCUGAUAGCAGCCAUGUUCAGGUGCCCUCAGCAGACGUCAAGCUGGCGACCGUAGCAGGAAAGAAGGGCAAGAAGGCCGAGGAGGAGGAGCAGCCUGCAGCACCUCCUGCAGAAGCAGCAGCGGCACCACCAGCCCCAGCAGCUGCCGUCACAGCAGCAGCAGCAGCAGAGGAGGAAGAGGAAGAGGAAGAAGAAGAAGAGGAGGAGUAUGUGGUGAAGAAGGUUUUGGACCGCAGAGUGGUGAAAGGAAGAGUAGAGUUUCUGCUGAAAUGGAAGGGGUUCUCAGAUGAGGAUAACACAUGGGAGCCGCAAGACAACCUGAACUGCCUCGACCUUAUCACCGAGUACAUGCAGAAACACAAGGAGAAGGAGGAGAAAAAGAAGGAGGGCAAGAGGAAAGUUGUCAGUGAGGCCUCGGGAGACUCAGAGGAGCGAGGGAGCAAGAGGAAGAAGGAGGAGAAACAGAGAGGAGAAGAGGGACCCAAAUGUCACCACUGUCAGCACUGUAACAAAUCCUUCACAACAUCAAAAUAUUUAAAGAUUCAUCAGAGAGUUCACACUGGAGAGAAUCUACACAGCUGUGAUCAAUGUGAGGCAGCUUUCACACUACAGAGUAACCUUAAAAUCCACCAACGCAUUCACACUGGAGAGAAGCCGUACAGCUGUGAUCAAUGUGGGGCAGCUUUCACACAACAGGGACACCUAAAAAUACAUCAACGCAUUCACAACUUUGUCCCGGCUGCAGGAAGUCACUGUCACACCACCGUCGCCACGGCGACCCGAGGACCUUCACACCUGUGA